GGCUACCAGCGCGUAGAGAUGUGUCGCGUGAGGAGUGUGUUUAGCAACUGUUCAAGAUUUAUUUAAGUUUGACGUAAAAUGUGUGUUGAGUGAAUUACUACAUGGCAUCAUGUUAUUUUAUAAAGAAAAGUUGUUGUCAGCUGGACAGCUUAAACGUCUCAGCGAACAUAAAUACAGCUGUUCUAGUGCAAGUCUUUUAGAUCCAUUAUUACAACCUUGGUGGAAUUGGUUGGUCAGCAAACUGCCAAUUUGGCUUGCACCCAACCUCAUCACUGUGUCAGGUCUUAUUGUGAAUAUACUAACAACUCUCAUCCUUAUAUAUUACAGUGCAGAUGCGAAGACCGAGGCACCCAGAUGGGCCUGUUUCAUAUGUGCUCUUGGACUCUUCGUGUAUCAAAGUUUAGAUGCAAUUGAUGGUAAACAAGCUAGGCGGACAAAUACCUCAAGUCCAUUAGGAGAGCUGUUUGAUCAUGGUUGUGAUUCAAUUUCAACCGUUUUUGUGGCCUUGUCGGCGUGCAUAGCAGUGCAGCUGGGUUACUAUCCAGCAUGGAUGUUCUUCCAGUGUUUCUGUGCAAUGACACUAUUCUACUGUGCCCAUUGGCAGACAUAUGUCUCAGGUACUCUACGAUUUGGCAAAGUUGAUGUAACCGAAGCACAAUUUACUAUCAUACUCAUUCAUUUAAUUUCUUCAAUAUUUGGGCCAAGUGUGUGGAUGACACAGAUCCCUUACACUAGUUAUGAAAUGAAGUAUUUACUAGGAUUCUCGACCAUUAUUGUUGCGUCUGUAACACUCUACAAGAACUUUGUAGUCAUUUUUACUGGCGGUGUAGGCAAAAAUGGCUCAACAGUUGCCAUUCCUUGGACAGGGGGAAGAGUGUGUCACUUUGUAAGUGCUGCAUUUUUUUGUGGCUACUUGCAUCUUUUCACACAGUUCUUCCUUGUCUUUCAAAAGGGGGGAGUUGGAAAAAACGGCUCAACAGUUGCUGGCACAAGUGUACUAUCACCAGUCAUACCUUUUAGCCUUGUAAUUCUACCUGCAUAUAUCAUAUACAGGAAGAGUGCAGAAAAUGUAUAUGAGCAACAUCCAGCACUAUAUAUACUUGCAUUUGGUAUGGUGGCAGCGAAAGUGACGAACAGAUUAGUGGUUGCUCAUAUGACGAAGAAUGAAAUGGAGUAUUUAGAUACAGCUCUGGUUGGGCCGGCCAUGCUGUUUCUCAAUCAGUAUUUCAAUUUUUUCAUUCGUGAAUAUAUAGUGUUAUGGCUGUGUUUGUUGUGGGUGACAUUUGACUUACUGAGGUACUCCAGACAAGUGUGCCAAGAAAUAUGUGACCACCUGAAGAUACAACUUUUCAGGAUACCCAUAAGAUCCCCUGUUACUGCAGUACCUGCUCCGGAGAAAAAUGCAUCAGCAGAGGCGCCUCAAGAAAAUGAUUCUUGCUCAAGUGACGAUGACAGUCACCCACUAUUAGAUGCACAAGAUCAUACAAUAUCCUGAAAUUUAGACUUCUUGAAAUGUGUGUGCGUGUUACGGUUUGUUCUCAAGUACAGCAUGCGGUUUCAGGAAUUUCUUGCUUUUGCAGUGUAACAGUGACUUACUUGACAGCUAAAUGACUCAUAAUAUGCAUGGCAGUAAUGAGAGAGAAAUUGGCUAUUGCAAUUUUUUCAUAGCAGUCUUAUCAGGAUUGCUCUAAAAGGUAAGAAUAUUUGUCUUUAAGAUAGAUGGUUCAGUAUUUUUAAAAUAUCUAAGGUCAUGUGCCUUAUGUCAAAUGCUGCUGAUGUUGCACAUAGCCAGCAUUUGAAAACUCAUUUUUAUUGGAAGAUGAGUUUUUUUCAAUUUGCCCCAGUCCUUUGCUUUGGUGUUUCAAGCUUCUGUUUCAUGGUGUGGAUAGUUCUCAUUGUAUACACAAAAGUAGCAACUUACAAUUAUUGUACAUUAUUUAUAGCAAUUGCAGAAUGCAAAGGGCAAACAAUUGUCAUUGUUAAAAAUGCCCAAAACUUACAUCAAGGGGAUUGCAUGAACCCAUUAAGUACCUGCGUGUUGUCUGCAUUUGUUUUGUGGAAAUGUGUGGAAGUCUUUCAUGUUUAUUUUUAUCCUGAAUUUGUUUUUUGUGUAAUGAUAUGAUAGCAACAAAUGGUCAGAUAUAAAAUAGAUAUUGCUUAUUGGUUUAUAAAA